AUAUACCUUUGGGCGAUGUUUUCCUGAGACUACUUCAACAAUCAAACAACUAUAAAAGUGAAAAAAAAUUCGAAUUCACUGUUUCCUGAGUUUGAUUAUUAAAUCCGUAUAAUUUUUAUAUCUUUGGAAUGCUGAAAUUUUACUAAAACAGAGACGUUUGGUCUUCAUUCUACAGUAUCGUAUUUUGUCCAAAGAACUGACAAUCAAGGUUUGUUGCUAUCAUUAAUAUAAUAACACUACAAUAAUUAUUCGAACAGUAUUUAAUAGACGAACACUGCAUAUUUCAAUUUCUGAAUUCGACAAGUAACUACUGUUCUAUAUUUUGAUAAUAUGCAUUAUAUGUGCAACCGAAAUCGUAUAUUUAAUAUCACAUAUGGACAGAUCACAGAUAGACAAUGCUUUUCAAAUAUGAAAUUGUACACACGCUGGGAAGAAAAGUUCACUAUUAUUCUAUUAAAUCAGUGCUUUGACCAAUAAUUUCGCGGUUAAAAACUGUUCUGCGAUUUGAUUGCUUGCAACUAUUUAUACUGUAUGUAUUGACCUGUGUGUUUCUAUAUAUAAACAACCAAGGGUCUCUCAGAAAUAGUAUGUCUUGCUUCCAAAUGUGUCAACGUUUUGGACUUUGAACUAUAUUUACUGUAAUAUUAUUUGCUGUUUGUAUUUCAACGAAAAAAAAAACAUGAUCUUUAGCACGGAAUAAUGAAUUUGUUAUUGGCAGGGUGGCUAAAUGAUUUUGUGCAUGGGCCGAAAUAAUCCACGACGACAAUUAAAUUAUGGCCAUAUUUUAUGUGGAUCAAAUAUCCAUUGUCUGUUAUAUUUAUACGGUCUGUUUCCUCGCUUUAACUAUUUACCUGUAAUACAAAGGUUUUUUAUAAAUCAUUUUAUAUUGUGGUGCCUUCUAUUCUGGAAGAAUAAAAAUGUUAUAAAAAUAUGAUCGUGACUAUGUGCAUGCAUUAACGGCCACAAUUACGUACACUAUUGUUUUUAUAAAAGGGGACGUAUGUUUAAAAGUUCAGUUCUAAUGUAAUUUCAAUGUUGUUACAAUUAUAUGGCUGUUGUGUUCCCGAUUUUGAAUGUGGUUUUCCUCUAUAAAGUGUCUAAGUUGUAAGUAAUAUUUAUUGCAUGUACAUUUAUUUCAUGUUUAUCCAAGUUUAAACCUACUGUAUGUUUUAGAAAGCACCAACAAGACUGUAUUCUUUCUUCUUCUGACACAAGGAAUUCUCCUGGGCCGGCCUAGAAAAUAUAUUAGGAUUUUUUAUAUUUUUCAUCUGCAUAUUAAUUCAUUUAGCAAAAAAUCCAGUAACGAAAUGCCAUUCGGAUUUUCUAUUAGAAAUUGGCCGAAAUUGUGCACAAAAUUUGGAACCAAUUGGAAUUCCGAUAGGAAUUCAAAUUUUCCUAUUGGAAUUCACUGAACUUUGGGCAGAUGCUAAUUUAAUGCUAAUUUGAGCAGCCCUGGCCGCAGGUUUGAUUCCUGCCAGCCUAGCAUAGUAUGGUUGCAUUUUUCGCAACUGCUCCUGGUUAUAGGUCUAAUAAAUGUAUAGAAUUCACACCGGUAAUUUCCAUAUACAAAAGUCUGUUAGAAUCUGCAAGAGUUAUAUAGGAAUGAACAAAUAAACAAAAGAUAGUUAAUUAUAAACGGACCAAUUUUUGUAUGUUUUUAUGAUGUAAUUUAUAAUUAUUUUUCACAGAUGGAAUUGAGUGUUUUUAAAACGUGAAGCUGAUGGAUGUACAAAAUGAUAAUGACGAGGUACUGUAAUAAUGGCAUUCUUUUUUAUCAUUGUAACUUGCCUUUCUAGGAUUGAUGAUUGAGGUGUUGCAAGGUGCAGGCAACAAGUAGGGGUGCACCGGAACUCGGCUCCGGCCGGUUAGUUCCGGCCGGAACCCCGAUUUUUUAGAGUUCCGGUUCCGGCCGGAACUAGUAAAAUAAGCAUGGCCGGAACCGGAACUCUGUCUGUUUCAGAGAGAUAGAAUAUCAAACGUUUUUGUGUCUAACAAAAGGUCACAGUAGGAAGAAAUUUGGACUACGCAAGGGAAAUAUACACUAUAACACUUCAUUAUGGCGUUUAACGUUUGUCAAUCUUUUUAUUCUAACAUUUGCAAGCUCUCUCCUUGAUGACUUGAAGUGUCUGCCUGUCUGGCAGCGGACAAAGUAACAUAUGACUAUAUAUGGCUUAAUAUAUUAGUUCCGGUUCCGGCCGGAACUUUUUUCCAGUUCCGGUCGGAUCCGAUUCUGGCCGGAACUUAAAAAACUGGUUCCGGUGCACCCCUAGCAACAAGCUAGGGUGCAUAAUUCAAGAUUUUUAGUUGUACGUACUAACUGGUACAUGUAUGCUCUAAUGACUAUUGCCUCAUACCUGAGCUGGUACAAACUUUUAAGACUCAAGCUCUACUUUCUCUUUAAAAUGAUGUACAUGAAGUACACUGAGGUUUCUGAAAGGUAUUCAUCCAGUAACCUGAAACAGAAACUGCAAGUUAGAAUGAGAAGGAUGACAAUUACAAACACAAAACAUUUUAAUGUUUAAAAACACUAGUUAAGAAUUAAUUGGCUCCAACAUUCCCAUCUGUCCAGUCAUGUUUCAUGCCCAGACAUGUCAGACGUACAUCUAUACAGUCUGUUAACUAUAUACGGUUUUGAAUACCUUUGACUUGGUAAGCAAGAGACGUCAGAGUGGCUCUAGAAGUGUGGGGUGAGGCACACUUAGUGCCCGGUGAAGGUGGGCGACAUUCUAGGGGGCUUACUGUAGCUACCUAGUGUAUGUGGUACUUGGUUGAAAACAAAUAAGUAACAAAUUGUACCACACAUUUACAAGAAAAUCCUACAAAAUCUGCAUAUUUUUUAUGAACUAAUAAUUUAUUUUGUCUCUUAUGUGUUGGGCCUAAUGCGAAAAGAGGUAAGAGAAAACACUGAAAAUACCAUUUCAGACGAUCUAGAGACUUCAAAUUUUCGAAAUUUUCUCAAAUGCUCUGCCUUCAUUUCCACACAACUGCCAUUUACGACGGAAAAGUUCCCCGCGCAAAAAAUAAUACUUUACAGUCUGGAGCAUACCUCCGGUACAGUACGUAAGUACCCAACCCUCUUUUCAAACUAAACUGACAUGGUACGUGGCACUUAGGUCACAGAAUAGAGUCAUGCAGAAAGCCAACUCAGCCAAAUAAGUUUAACCACUGCCACGUCAUGAGUUGCAUUGAUUCCUCAUCAAAAUGCACUCACUAUCUGUCGAGCCAACUUGUGCGCUUAUGAGAGGCAUUUACCCCCCCCCCCCCAAUCGCCCACCAUUUUGAAUACAUACAUGGUACAUGGUGACAUCAUUGUGCAAUGGUUACGCCAAAAUCAUAGGCAUAACCAAGAUUUCGGCCUUCCGCAAGGUCUCUAUUCUGUUGUUUGGUGGCGUAGCAUGUAUUUUCAUUGAUAAAUUAGAUGUUUUGCUGUUUGCGUAACCUUGAUAGACCAACUUAACAUGGUAUGCAAAUUGACCAUUUCAAUGUUUAUGUACACUUGUGCGAGGUAGGGUCUUGUUAGUUUUAGGUCCCUUAUCGGGCAGGAAUAGAACCUGCAGCCCUCGCCCCUGCAAUUGUAUAAUAAAUGUAACAAAUUUCCACUCGAUAAUUUCCAUCUACACAAUACCCUUCAAAUAUUAUUCAAAUGAGUGAGAUGGCAACAAAAUCUUGAUAUUUACCCAUAACCUAACAUGGCAGUACCCGGCUAGUAUAUAUACAUGAACUUGUGGUUAGAGCACUGCACCGAAAUCGCAGGGCAGCAGGUUUGAUUUCUGCCAGGGACCUAAAGUUGCAUUUUUCGCAGCUGUUCCUGGUUAGGUCUAAUAAAUGAAUAUAAAUUUCCACUCGAUAAUUUCCAUCUAGCUACGAUACCCCAACUAAUAUUCAAACGAGUGACACUGGGAGAAAAAUGUGAAAUCCAUACUAUGAAAUUUAACUGCACCACUAAAUCCAAUUAGUAUAUCAAUACUAUUUCGAUACUAUAUCCAUAGGACGUAAAAAAAAAAUACCUGUGGUUCCGGUUCCCGACCGACCCUAUUUUUUUCUGCCGACCCUAUUAUUUUUUCAACGCGAUUGACCUACCGACCCUAUUUUCUGCAGGUGGUUGCGGGCUGCUCAUACAGCGUGCCAAAAUGGCGUCUGUUGUCACACUAAUUAUUGAACCAAAUUGCCUCAAUUCGUCCAUAGGAAAUACGCAUCUCUAGUUAAUAUUGAUGUCGGGACUCUACUGCAAAUUGCCCAGCAAAAAACCGGCAAAACUAUGAAAAAAAUAUUCAAAAAAAAUUUAUUUCCGACCUACCGACCCUAAUUUUUUCACGAUAUGAAACCGGAACCACAGGUAUUUUUUUUUACGCCUAGCAUGGAAAUAUACAAUUAUUAUGGAUAAUCAAAAUCCAUUCUGUUUCCAAUAAAGGUCCAUACAAUUUCCAUUCUAUCAUUUCUAUGACCUUCUACAUAUGGAUUUUCAAACAUUUUUCCAGACAGUGUGAGGUGCCAACAAAAUCUUGUCAGUUUAUAUUUAGAUACGAAACAAUGCAUUCUGAUUAGGCUAAGAUCCAAAAUGUAGCAUAAUAUGUUUCUCAAGAAUGGGCAAUUUGCGUGGUGCUAAGUUAUGUUACUUGGUCUAUUACCAAAAGUCAGCCACCUGCUUUGUGAUAGGUUGAUCUUACGACAAUAAAAGACAAUGAAUUAUAAAAAUCACCUUUCUCAAAAUGGAGUUGUUAACACAUAUAUACAGUACAAUACAGUACACUGUACUUUUGUUUUAAAAAUCCGAUCACAAACAUGCAGAGUACAUUUACUUGAAAAUGUUGAGAUUUUACACUCAACAGAAUAUGUAUUAUGUUAAUUCUUUAUGAUGUUACUCUAGAGUGGAUCGAUAUCGCAAAUACCGAAUACCGAUAUACCGCCAUCAGAAUACCGGUAUUUUUAACGUUUAUUUUAAGCCAAUUUGAACUGCUGACCGUCGAGAAAAAUCAAGUUUUGACAAAAUAUAAAUGUGGCACAUACUGUUAUUAGUGCAAAUGUCACAAGAUUCGCAUUAUCAAGCUAUGUUAACGGUGCUAAGCGGCAAUUAUUAGUAGGCCGUCGAUUGGGCGUCGAAGUGUUGAAUCAUUCAGUACUACAAGGUGAUGUAAAUCUAAUUAACUUUGCUUUCUAAACGUGAUUGUAAACAAGUUUGACUUGAAAUAGCGUUUCAAUUCGGUAUUAGGCAGCAAAAUACCGAAAUGUCGGUAUAUUGGUAUUUUUAAAUUGUCAAUAUCGCCAAUACCGGUAUCUAAACAAAUACGGGUAUACCGGAUAUAUCCGGUAUAUCGAUCCACUCUAUGUUACUUUGAGUGUGACCUCACCGGGCAAGCUGAAAAGUUUGCUUGACCGCGGUGGGAAUCGAACCCGCAACCUUUGAUUUUUUAGUCCAAUGCUCUAUCAACUAUAUACUGUAUAUCUUAUAAGCAUGUACAUGUAUAUUAUAAAUGUACAUUAAAUGAUUAAAAAUGACUCAAUUCUGAUUGGCUAAGAGCAGUGCAAUUUUAUCGAAUUACAGUGCCAAAAAAGAAGUAUGUGGCAAGUGCGUUACCAGAAGACAUUUUUCUAUAUGUUUUAACUUCGAACAUUUAAUGGUUCCUCGUGUAAUUUCAAUUUCCCCCCUUACGCGGGGGGAAAUUGACAGCCCAAUACCCUUUGGGGCUGUCAAAUUCCCGUUUGUAAUACAAAAUGACCGAAAAACGGCAAACUUCGCAAGGCUAUAUUAUCCGCAUUUUACAACAUUUCGCAACGAAACUCUGGAAUAUUACUAAUUUUGUGAUGCUCUUUCAAGCUGUGAUGAAAUUUUUGUCUAGACUUGUUUAGAUCAAAAUCUAGUCUAUAAUGCAAAUGGUCCAUUGCAACUCAUCUUUCUGGCAUGUCUAAUUUUAAAUCGUCUUUGAAAAACUCACCCGUGUAUGUUUUUCCAAAUUGCAACCAACAAUACGAUAUCCUUUAUUAAUACUCACCAAAUUGCUUUGUCUCUACAUGCAUUUUGAAAGUCACAACGUGGCAUUAUCUCUGCGUAGAAACGCGACGAACACGACACUGAAUUUAACGCUCAAUCCGAAUCGGUUGUAAUUGCAUAUAACGUUACUUAAUAUUUUAGGAAGCUACCCCAACGAAUGUGAUGACCAAUAAGGACAAUGAAAAACUCAUACUACCGCCUGAGGCAACACAAUCCAGCUAUGACCGUGUUUUAGAAUGGAAAACCCAAACAGAAGGAGAAGGCGACCGUGAUAUUGCGUUUAAGAGGAGACCAGGAUCUGUUCCCAAUGAUGAACAUCACCCAGAAGGCUUGGGAUCGCUUAGGGAUGACAUGGCCUUGCCACAUCCAACUGAUGCAAAUUAUCCUUUUGAUGUUCUUGAAUUUGAACAGUGGGUUCCACAUGGUGGGCCCCAGCAGAUGGCUCAAGACAAAGCCAAUUUUGUUCAUAUUGAUGAGGUACGUGAAGUGCUAUUUGGACAAUGGAUGAAUUGCCGGUUCGCAGGCCCCCUUUGUUUUGCGCGGCCAAUUGCCCUCUGGCGAUCCCAUAAUGCAUAACAGGUGGGCAAUUUGUCUGAGCAUGCGCGAAGAAAAUCAAUAUGGCGACAUAUUUUAGGAGUGUUUCGUGAAUUUAUCUGGUUUUAAAGCUGAUAAAACAACAUUUUAAUGAACGAAAACUUUGUAAUAUUUAGUGGAAAACGUUAAGCUAUGCAUUCCAAAGGUUUUAUAUUGAAAAUAAGUACUUUUGCUUUAUUUUAUUGCUUUUUAUGCUUUGAAAACAGGCAAGCUCAUUUUUUGGCAAAAAUCUAAUUUAAUAUUUUACCCAUCAUUUGUUUAAUCUGAACAGAAAUAGAUAGAACACUUGGCUAUAUAAGUUACAAAGGUAUUGUUAGCUUAUCUGAAAGAUUUCAUUAUUCCUGGUACACAUUUUAACAAAGAAUGAAAUGUAAUUUCGAAUAUUUAAUAUGCAUAUCACAAGCAAUAGUUUUUAUUAGAACAACACAUAAUAAUUGUUAUUUUCUAUUUUUACAAAAACAAGUUUGGAAACAGGAUUUAGUCCUCCAGCUUGAUGUCAUAUUCCAUUUAUUUGGAUAUUUCAAUAAAGGAAUGUGAAAUAAUAAUUUAAUCUUGUGCAAAAUUUGAUACCAACACACAUGUGAACAGAUACUAUCACCUAAAAAUAAAAGAAAACAGAACUUAAAUUUAUCAUCUAAUGCUAUGAAAAAAAUCUUAGAUACUACAGGCAUAUAGUGAGCACAAUUAUUUAACAAACUCACUAAAAUAAGUUAAGUUAUACUAUGAUAAGAGGAUGGCAAUAGAUAACAACACCAAAUGUUGUCAUCUUCAGUGUCCCAAAAAAGUGCCGCGCGCAUUUUUUGUGGUCGCAUAACUGGUAUUGCCACAAACCCAGGUGAAAAAGCAAUUAGAAAAACCUGGUUUUGGGUGAUGAGCAUAGUCAAAUUCUUGACUUAUUCAAUUUUCUAUGUUUUUCCAGGUAAACAGAUUAAACAUUGAAAUAAGCCACAUUCGGGACCUCAUAGAAUCCAAACUAUUGUGUAUGGACCAGACUUUUUUCAAUUUUCUGUGAUUUACAUAACUCUAGUUAUAAUUUAAGGGUCAACCAGUAUUGUUCAAGACAUAUUUUCCUUCCAGAACACCUUUUCAAAAUAUUAACCCAAACAUAUAAAAAAUAGUGUACAUUUACAAGGGCAAUUUCAACCCUCUGGCACAUUUUUCCCAUGAAUGAUUUCAAUUCUAAUAAAAAGACUAUAGAUAAAACUUUGAUUUAAAGCUAUAGUUUCAAGUGAUGUGCAUACCCUAAAUAUUAAGCUAUACCUCAAAGAAAAUGGGUCAUUUCAACAUAAACAUUGAAAUAUGGGUAUCAGCUCUGUCACACGUGUAGUUUGACAUUACCAGCCCUUCUGAAACAUUUUAAUGAAGGUAUAAUUCACAAAAUUCACAUUUUCACUUCUUAACAUCUGUUUUAAUCCAACUAGCUCUGUAGGCACGAGCGAAAUUUAGUGUUGAUGUAAAUAUCCAUGUAGUUCAUGUUUCCCCGGUGAAAAUAUAGUCUAUUCCAACGCUGAUUUCGACGUACUUUAGCUUUUCAGAAACCGUUGGCCUUCCUCAGUGAGAUUAUCAACUGUUUCACAAACAUAUUUGAUAGUAAACAGAGCUCUAAAAUAUUCUCCGAAAGUCUAUAUUUUUGCUCUUCGACGCGAAAAUGGCAACUCAAGAAGAAAUGAGCCGCUAUUUUUGGUCAGCGUCGACAAAUUGCCCACCUGUUAUAAUGCAUUGCAUUAUCAUCACACAAUGGGAUCGUCAGGGGGCAAUUGGACGCGCAAAACAAAGGGGGCCUGCGAACUGGCAACUCAUCCAUUGACAGCUGCGGCGUGUAGGAUAUACGACUACCUGAGAAAUAUGAGCAAAGCUUCGACGUUUCGAGCGAAUGCCCUUUGCCAGGCCCAACGAAGUUCCCGACACAGCUGCAUGUCUGUUAUCGUGUCUAUACACUGCCACCGAACGUUCGAGAUGUACGUUAUUUGGACAAUAAUCCCUGUGCAUAAUGACGUCACAAGGUGUGAUGCGCGCGAGGAAUUCUGGCCUCAGUAGUCGUGGCCGGAAAAUUGAAAACAAUCCAACAUGGCUACUAUCGAAUACGAGUGUGUUAUUGUUCUUUGUCGUCUUUUAGAGGCUGUUCAAGCCAAUGAAGACCGUUUUGUGUUCCUGGUUGUUUUACCAACAAUAAAAUGAAUCGCGAACUAUAUUCUGUUAUACACAAAGGAGUUCUAUUCUGUGCUUUUAUUGUUAAUCCAUAAUUCGUCGGUGUAGGCUUUGGAACAUUCACAUAUUGCAGCUGGUUAAAUGUAGCUUUUACGUCCUCCUGGAAAAUGCAAAGAACACACUCUAUGGCCUGCUGUUGGAGAGAAAUUUGUCCAAUUCUUACGGUGUUAUUUUGAUUUCACAAUGUUGCCACUUGGAAAAUUAUAAAAGGAAAGCUCCGGAUUUCUUUUAUUGUUGGCACAACAACCAGGAACACAACACGAAAAACCGCCACUUCUUUACUCGUGCUGGUCGAUGAAAGCGGACUGUUGCCGUCACUUUCAGGGUUGUCAAAGCUCGGAAGACCCGAGCAAGUUCUGAAAAGAACUGAGGUCUUCGUUGGCUUUAACAGCUUCUAUAAAAGACGACAAAGAAAAGUAUACGCAUUCGCCAGUAGCCAUGUUGGAUUGUUUUCAAUUUUCCCGCCGUGACUACUAAGACCAGAAUUCCCUGCGCGCAUCACGCCUUGUGACGUCAUUAUGCAUAAGGUCUAUUAAUUAACUGCUUUAGAUUAUGGUCAUUUGAAUUUUUAGUGCAAAGUUUCUAUGUUUCAGUGAUAUUAGCUAGUACCGUACAGUAAGUAGACUAUAGAUAAAAAGUGAUGAAUAAAUUGUUAGUCGCUUGCGAAUGACCAUCAGACAAAUUUCAUAUCAUAAAUUUACGAGUCAUAGUGAUGAAUGAAAUUCGGGCUGCAUUUAGACCAUUAUAUUAUGCUAACUGAGACUUGGAUGCGCAUUCGUUUACAGUGGUAUACAGAAAUGCCCUUAAAUACCACAUGUGAAUUUAAACAGAAGCACGGAUUUACACAAAACACAACCUUUUCUACAAAAGAAUUGGCUGAAUGCUGUUAAUUUCAUAUAAAAAUACCUGCAUGCAUUAUAUUACUUUUAAGUGCACGUGACAAGGUUUCGAAAAAAUCCAAGCGUACAGAAACUGAAUUUCAACAGUACUGUAAGGUAGUGGUUGCAUCAAUAUGAUGAAGACGGACAAACAAACAUCGUCCUGAUAACCAGAGUUGUGCUUAAUGUUGUGUCUAUUCACAGAGCUGUACUUUCUGUAUGUUUGUAGACUCCUUAUCCUCAUGACUUUUUUCUGGAUGAGCCCAUGUCAGGUACGAAGUUUAGAACUCACGAACUUUCUUUUAUUAUUUUACUGUACACUGUGUAAAUUUGAUGGAGUUGAUUCAAGUAUUCAACUCCAAAAGUCUUACUAGUGGGCUUAAGAAAGCGACGUUUUUUCAACACGGACGUCACCCGAAAAUUGGUAUAAUUUUGGCGGCAUUUUGCAACAUCGUGUAAGGAAGCUAAUAAUAUACAUGAAAAAAAUUCUCAAUUCCGAUUGGCUAGGAGAAGUGCAAUUUUUUCGAAAUACAGUGCCGAAAAAUGGGAUACUGUACACUGCACAAAAAAGAAGAAAUACAAUGCAAAUUUCUUAAUUUUUUUAUUUUUAAAAUUUCUUAAUUUUCUUAAUUUCUUAAUUUCUAAAUGUGACUUACGCACGUGACUGCACUUUUUUCAAGUAUAUUAUUCAUAAGUAAUAGUAUGGUACUAUGGUUUCUCGUGCAAUUUGAAAAAACUAACACUCGUGAGUUUUUGAUAGUCUUUUGAAAAACUCACUCGUGCUUGUUUUUCCAAAUUGCACUCGAAACCAUAUUAUUACCUACUGUAUACAAAAAACUUUAAAAAUCUUAGGUUUUCUCAUGUGUUGAAGAUUACCACAAACUGAUACAAACACAUGAACUUAAUAAACUCGACAAACUGUCGUCCAUCUUGACAAAAAACGUCGCUUGCUUUGAUAUCAUCCAUGCUUUGAUUAGACUCGUUGAAAUUUACAGUGUAGUUAUUUUCUUACACUUGGUAGUAAUAACUUUUUUACCGUAUCCAGAUCCGUUUGUAUCGAUCCACGAACAUUUUAUUGCGGAUUUGACAGGUUUCUAUUCUGGCAUUAGCAUGAAUGGAUUUUAAAUUUCAUCCAUUUACGUCAUUGUUUUCAAAACGUCUCCGUUACAGUUCGGACGAGGCCAUCAUGUACUACACCAAGUGUUAAUACAAUUGCGUUUACUUUCGGAUGUGAACUAAUAUGAUGUGUUUCAGGACAUUUUUUACUGAAUCACAACUACUGGGGCUAAGUCUCAAUGAGGGCCUUUUCCCUCACACAGUUACGCGUACGUAAAGACCAUGCUGUCCUGACUUUGUUAAGAUGAAAUGAAUGAAUGAAUGUCGAGAAUGUGAGAGGAUAUAAGAAUGCAGGCAGAUGCAGCUUUUUCAACAAGGAUGACUUUUAACUAAUGAUCAAAAGGGCCCAGCUCAUCUGAAGUAUUGCUUCACUACUGGGGCAAGCAAAGGGCCUACUGGGGUAAAUGCCCCAGUAGUUAUAUAGUUAAAAAAUGCCCUGAAUUGUGUUUUCUUCGUCAUUUCUUGUGCAGGCGCUAAACGAACUACAGUUUAGUCAGUUUAUUUGAGCAAAUUUCAGAAUUAAUUUUACUUGUGAAAUACAAUGAUUAUUUACAAAUCACAAAUUUUUCUAUCGACUAAGCCUCCUCUAUAUUUGCUGGUAGAUGUCUUAAUGAUUGUCUUGGUUUUGCAUUAUUUGUAACAUAUGCAGUAUUUUUGCUUUUAGUCCUGUCAGACGAUACAGAAGGAGCUGUAUUUGCUGCUCUUUUGAAACGUCAUACGUGUUAUGAUAUUGUGCCAAAAAGUGCCAAGAUUGUUAUUUUUGAUACAAGGUUACUGGUGAGUAGCCUAUUGCAACAAUUUCCUAGUCUAUGACAAGUUUUCUAUAGCAAAUUUUAUUUGUCAAUUGCACGUGCAUUUACACAACAAAUUUUCUAUGACAAAUUUUUGGUUUCCUUACCGCCACGAUCGAUAGCUAUUAGAUACAGCGAUAGAUCGUUAAUCAAUGCUCAAAUUACUUUGCCAGUUUACAAAUAGAUAAGAUUUUGCUGUUGUCUGUUCAGUUAUAGAUAGAGAGUAUGACGUCAUAAUGUGGCAAGAAAAAAAAAAAAAUUGUCAUAUGAAAACUUGUCAUAGAAAUCUCUCUGUAUAACCGGCUUAAAUAUUUGUUUAUUGCAAUAAUACUGCAAGUAAAGUAUAGUAAAUAAAUAUUUACAGUCAGAAAACAUUAGGAAACAUGAAUGGAAUUCGAGGUUUUGUUUCUCCUGCAUGGGAAUAUUAUAGGUAAUUUACUAUCUAUGACGUGGUAUCAAAUUUCGUAACGAUUGGAAAAGAGGAAUUGCCAUGCUGCUGACCAUUCCAUAGCAUCGUUGGCACAGGAGCAAGAAAAAAUAUAAGGCUCAAAUUGCAAAUGUGCUUGUGUCAUGUACUGUAAUGUUGUUUUUGGGCACUCAACCUUUUCAUGACCACAAAAUUCUAUACCACUGUAUAACUUUAAAACUUUGACGACUAUAUCUUUAAAUAAUUUAGUACUUUAUAUUAGGUCUUCAUUAUUAUUCGCACCUUUGUUUUUAGGUGAAAAAGGCAUUCUACGCCCUGGUUGCUAAUGGUAAUCACGUUGAGUAAAGCAGUUACACAUAUUAUACAAUGAUCUUGGAUCUUCAUAACCAAAUCUUGCCUGCAUGAAAUCAUGCAGUUGAUAAGAAAAUAGUAAAACUUUUUUAAUGUUUAUAUUCAUUUGAAAGCUUAGCUAACUACAGUAGAACUCCGCUUACUCGAACUCUCACGGGAAAUGAAAAAUUGUUCGACUGGCCGGGGGAGGGGUCGAGUUAACGGGGUCGAUGUUGGGUUUCGUUUAUUAUACUUAAUAUUUAUUAAGGUACAGUCGUUUUACCAUUCAUCAUGACAAUGGCUUACGGUGCACUCUAGAGAACUUACAGAGUUCGUACUACUGUUAUCUAAGUUAAGCAGUACAUAUAAGCUACAUUAGAUCAUGCAGUAAUGAUCGACACAACUUCUUGAUCCUCGUAUCUCUUUAUGGACUUGAUUACGUUUGUAUAUAUUAUAUAUAUACCAAUUAAAUUUUGACUGUCUAGUUUAACUAGUUGAUGUGCUAUAUUCUGACAUUCUGAGGUUUGCCUAUCCACGUCUCAAAAAUACAGUUUGAGUUAACCGGGUAAAUUUGAGCAAGGAAAAAUGAAAUUUGUUCGAGUUGGCGGGGAGUUCGAGUUAGCGGUGUUCUUAGUUCUACUGUAUAUAUUGUGUUCCGCUUUCGAACGAUGGAUCAACAUUUAUAUUUAAGUAAUCGGUUGGCGAAUAGUAUUCAUCCAAGUGACUGAGAUUUUAAAUUGGAGAUGCGAUCGAUAAUAGAAAAACAAAGCAAAGGACUUGAAAAUGACUGAUCUAAAUCUAGUAGACAUUUCAGCCUAGAUUGUUUUACUUUUUGCAGGUGUGAGGUCAGCGCCUUUAUGGGAUAAUACUAAACAAGAUUAUGUAGGUUAGUAUUUUCUUCGUAAUAUGUUUUCAUUUUUCUUGUGAUUUUUAGGUUUUGAAUAUUUUAUUAUUUUCUCAUUUUAGGAAUGUUGACAAUUUCAGAUUUCAUAAAUAUAUUAGUUUCAUAUUAUAAAUCGCCUUUGGUAAGUAAGAUGUCCUGAAAUGGUCGUUUUUAACGUAUGAUACAUUUUUGUGCAUGAUAAAAUCGAACACCGUAGCUGUCUGUACAAACCGUAGCUGCUCUGGUCUUAUAUUCGUUCAUCAGGACCGCCCAGAAAUCUUUUGGGUCAGAUGCUAUUUUACAAAAUUGAUUUCCAUACUCUUGACUUGCAGGAUAAACACUUACGGCCCCUUUAGACUUGCAACACUUGCUAUAGUGCGAUUUUUUUCUUUUGAUAGAUGUGAACGAGUGGAUAAGUUAUAAAUGUUGAGACUAGAGUACAUAUAUUCAGAUUUCAGAAUAUUCACAGCUCAUCUAUACUCGUUCACAUGCAUCAAAAGAAGAUAAUCGCACUAGAAAUGGCAGUAAAAAUUAGAAGUGUAAAAUAAUAGGCAUUUAUAUUACAUCCUGUUGUUUUGACCAUUUAGACAACAUUUUAAAUCUGUAUUCAGUACUUAGGAACUUAAGAGGGUCCUCUAGAAAAAUUUUGCAUUCUGGGAGACUAUUUGACAGUAAUGCAAUGUAUCUAGUAUAUGCAUAUUUCCCUUAUUUCUUUGGGCUUUACCCCCACGGCCAUGGUAAAAUGCCCUCCCCGCCCAUCGUAUAAGGGUGCCCCUUUCGUAUAUCCUAUUCAACACGGCGGCCCAAUGAUGUGCUUGUCAAUGUCAUUUUUCAUGCUGAAAUACAAGGAUUUUCAUUUUAUUUGAAGGUUCAUAAUGUUUUGGAUCCCUUAAUAAUGGACAGUGAGCUCAAAUUUGAUUUCUUUAAAGGUACAAAUGGAAGAAGUAGAAGAACAUAGAAUUGAAACUUGGAGAGGUAAAUGUGCAAUAACUAUUUAAAAAGUUUUGGCAAUAAAGAUUAGAUUGUCUCAUCUCAACAGACGUUAUUAAUGAUCACAAGCUUUCGUUGGUAAGGAUACAACGACCUGAAAACUACAAAAUGAAAUUCUGCGUUUCGAGCGAGGGUCCUUCGUCGAAUUUCGCUUAGUAUUUUUCAGGUAGUUGCAUCCCCACCAAAGAAAUCUUUUGUUAUUAUUGUUCAGAGUGCGAUGAUUCCAGAUUUUUAAGUGGUACCUGACUGGUACUCUAAUGACUUAUUGCCUCAAACUUGAGCUGGUACAAAUUUAAGACUGAAGGUGUGCGUAAUAUAUACUUACUAUAAGUAUGCGAUUUAUCGCAUCCUGAAUGUUGUUAUUAAUGAACCAUUCACAUACUCUCCAUCAUUUGACCAAAACGUACAAUACUAACUCACACGGGUAUAGUUUAAGAAAUGCGAACCAAGUAGAUGUACUUAAGAUCAUGACAGAAAGAUGUAAGAGCUUUUUAACAUAUAGAUACAGAUAAUAUUAUAUUAAUACAUACAUUUUAGAAUACUGUUUGUCCUUAUAUAGCUGGUACAUAAUUUUUAAAUCUGUAAAUAUUGUAUUUAAAUUAUGCUCAUGUAAAUCGCUUACAAUUUAUUCUCGUAAUUACAAGUAGGGAAAUAAACGAGAAUAAUAGUAAUAUUAUGAAUCCUCGAUCUCUGAUUGGCUAACCAAAUAUUGAGUUGUGACACCAAUGAUGCAAUAUGAGUAAAAAUUAUUGAACGAUUGGGUAUUCGAUGGGUCCGAGAAAAGAUUAAUAUUGCCUCUAUGAUGUCAUGCCAUUAAUACAACGUGCCAUUAUGAACCAAAAAAUGGCUUCUCUUUCCACCGGACCAUGAUCGCUUGCAGACUUUAGGAAAUCACUUAAACAAAAUAAAGAAAGACUAAAUAUAAAAACCAAAACAUACCGACGGAAGGUCCUAACAUAUUUGUUUUAAAAAUAUCACGAGUGCUUGUUUUAUCCAAAUUUCUCGAGAAAUCGUAUUACGUAUUUAAUAAUAAUAUACAUAAAAAUGUUCCUGGCUUUGUUAUAUCACAUUAUACAACGCUAAUAGCUUGAAAAUUCCACUCAAACUAUGUAAGUUUUGUUAGUCUUGUUUAAGGUGAAGGCUUUUCCAUUUAAAAAAAGAUAAAAGUCAUAUUUUCCAACCGAAGUCAACUUUUACUUUAUGUAGCGCGGCGCCAUGUUUGUUUUGUUUUGUUUUGUUUUGUUUUGAAGCAGUCUGUGACCGUUGUUUGAGAACUGCUUUGAACUGAUUGGUUGAUUUUAUCAUCACAUUGUUUUUCCACCAAUCAGAUCAGUUUGUUACAGAUUUUUGCACCGUGAUAACAGAAAAUUGCACUGUGAUAACAGAAAAUUACACUGUAAUUACAGAAAAUUGCACUGCUGUUUUGUUUUAACUGCACUGAAAUCAACCAAUCAUAGUCGAGUAAUAUUUUUAUGCAUAUUAUUAAUAAUAAAAUAAUAUUCAAUUCGAUUUUCACAUUAUGUGAAGACUGAAUAACCAAGGCCUGUUUUGUAGUAUAUCUGCCUCGGCUUCCGGCUUCGGGAGAUAACACAAAAUCCUACUGUGAUCAUAGAAACGUUGAUAGUGUAAACCAACCUUAGCAUUGUCAAACUCAAUGUCUUUUUUUCCAGAGUUGUCAAAGAAAAAACUGCCGUCGACAUUAAUUCAAAUUUCGCCAUUUCAAAGGUAUGGUCGAUGAAGUGCUUAUCAUUUAAAAUCCACUAGAAUUACCACGAGUAUACCAAUAUAGGUAAUAUUCGAAGUUGAGGUGUUGAUUGGAAUUUAAGUCGAAAUAAUCGUAUACUUACACUGGCGCUCUGCUGAAAAUGCCUUCCCUCGAACGUUGGGUUUGUUUGUUUGCUUGCUUGCUUGUUUGUUUGUUUGUUUGUUUGUUUGUUUGUUUGUUUGUUUGUUUGUUUGUUUGUUUGUUUGUUUGUUUGUUUGUUUGUUUGUUUGUUUGUUUGUUUGUUUGUUUGUUUGUUUGUUUUGUAGUAGAUUAAAUUUUUUUGUAGUACAUCACUGCUCAGAAUAAGUCAACUUUAUUUCUCGGUUUGUGUGUGUGAUGAAAAGCUUAUUGUUAUAUACAAGAAUAUAGUUGCUAAGCCCCUUCCCAAGUCGACACGGAAUUUUGACAAGGGUGUCUGAGCCCCCUCUCUGCACCCCUGCUAUUAACGUUCUCUUUAGUGAAACCAGGAAGGGUGGUUUGCCACUCUCCUGCUACAAACGAAAUUCAAGGUCUGAAUAAUGCAGUAUGAUUAUCUACGUUCCUUUCUACAAGUUUUAAUCUGUUUGUUUGUUUUUUGUUUUCAGUUUAUACGAAGCGUGUGAAUUGCUAAUAAAACACAAGAUUCAUCGCUUACCAGUAAUUGAUCCUUCUUCAUCUAAUUUUUUAUUUGUGAUAUCACACAAGAGAAUUCUCCAUUAUCUUCACGAACAUGUGAGUAUACUAUAAUUAUGAACGUUUUCAUGAAUUGUGACAGUUUUAACGGAUUGGUGUCGCAGUGUUAACGAGUUAUGUUUGAGAGGAAAUUGUACCGUAUAUACUACUGUAUAUAUAAUAAAAUAUACUGUGGCAUUCGAUAUUCCGGGCAGAAAACGAAGUUUUGUUCAAAAUAUUAUAGCCCAGACAACUAUUUUAAAAUGGCCAUAGGCUAAAUACAAUUUCGUUUACAUGAAAAUUAAUUUAACAAGCUUACGUUUCGUUGCUUCUUGCAACAUCUACAGAGCAAUACAAAGUUAUUCGAUGUGUACAGCAGCUUUUAUACGGCAGUAUAUCAGGUUAGAAAAUUUGAUUAAGGGAAUAGAAACUAAAUAUUAUUACAAUAACAGAUCAUGGUACGAACACUUAGGUGUGUCAGUGCUGUGGUGCAUUGUAUUUUGGUGAAACCAUUUGCCAAUUUCGUAAGUGCAUUUCGGAACAUGUGAAAAUUUCGGUGUAUAUUGGCAAACCUCUUUCAAAACUCAUCACCAGUCAUCGCGGGUAAUCCUGUGUCUGUUGAUGAUUUCUCUAUCUUGACUUCCUGUAUCGUUGAACUCUUAUUAAGAGAGAGAGUUUACUUAUCUCUAAAAUUUCAGCCAUCACUUAAUCCUAACGUCAAAUCUCAAGCGGAGUUUUCCUCAGGAUUUUUUAGGGUAAACCGUGUGACUGAGUUUUGAAACUUAGUCAUCUCAUCAAAAGUUUCAUGGCAGUUAAAUUUCACAACAGCAAGCAUUUGGGGGAAUCUUCAAGGAAUUAUUAAGUGUACAGUCGCCCCAGACUCCCAGCUGUUUUGGUAAGCUCAAUCUUCUCUGCGAAAACAGACCCAGCAAACAGUCAAGAAAAACCAACCCUGACACAGUGACAGUCUAAGGUUUGUCUAUUUAGAAUCCCCUGUCUCUUGUCGGAUUUGCUUACAGUUGCGCCCCAUAUGUAGUUUGCAUCAAUUAUAGUGGGGCGGACAUUUUUAGUACUAUAAUAAGACUUGCAUGUACGAAUUAUUGGCCAAACACUGCCUACAUGCAGAUGGGAAAACACACUCCAUCGCUGUUUGGUCUUGUCCGUUGUUUACCAGACUUUUCCACCACUUUUGGUACUCUUGACUAUUGAUCUCAAGAGAGUAUUAUACCUACUGUAUGUAUCGGUUUUCACAAUAUUUAGCUCUUUAGCUUUAAUAUAAAACUUGCCAAUACUGCAUGUACAUUUGCAGUGACAAACCUAUUAUGAAUAUGUACCUUGGUUUUGUAGUUUAAUGAAUUGGUCAUGCCGGAUUUUAUGUACAAGACGUUGGGAGAACUUGGUAUUGGGACGUUGUGUAAGAUUGCCACGGUAUGUUAAUUAAACCAAGCAUGCAGUCUAGUAAGGGUCAUUAUUUCUAGGGGGAAAACGAAAGUGCACUGUUGGAUUUAUAACCAAAGCCCAUUUCUAACUUUUGCCCAUUUCUAACUUCGAAAUCGAUACGCCUGUCAAUCAAAUCUGAUAUGUAGUAAUUAUGCUAUAAAUAAUUUCCAGACUGAAUGUUGAUUUUAUAAAUAAACGUGAAAUUAACGGUUCCUAUUGGAUAGAUUUAAUUGGAUAUAAGUAAUGUUUAUGCAAAUGCGGAGCCAACUUGACAAGAGCGAAAAGUGGGCGUCUUGAUGCGUUGUCGGCAGUCUCUCCUUUCCCCUCGAACGCCCGGGAAGUUAAACCCGUGGAAAGGAGGGACCGCUCACAGUCUACUUUACUUUGACUUAGAUAUUUUCUUUUCUUUAGAUAAGCCCCGAAACCCCGGUCAUUACAGCUCUUAAUACGUUUGCUGAAUAUAAAGUAUCUGCUUUGCCAAUUGUGGACAAGGAUGGUAAACGAAACGUUGAAUGCAAUGUGUAAUUACCAUGCAUGCAUUAUUAUUAUUGGCCUUUUAAAAGCUUUUACGUUUCAUUUUAGGUGUCGUUGUGGAUAUUUACGCAAGAUUUGAUGUGAUAGUAAGUCGAUAUUUUCCAUGUAUUCAGGGUUUUUUUUAUGCGUAACCAACUUGGAGGGCGAAUUCGUGCAAGCGAGGAUUUGUCUAUUGGAUGUUUGCAUUCAGUGCAGCACGGGGGCUAGCAGCGGUUGCCUUUUUUACAAGGUUUUUACUUUUACAGGUUGCGUUAUUUAUAUGAAUUGAAAUUGAGAGCUGUUUGCAAGCAAUUGAGCUCAAAUUUGGAUAUGAAAUCCCUGAAAAAACGUCAAAAAGAAAGCCAUCCUUAAUAAUUGAUAAGUUGUCAUGUUGUUCUGUAGUACAAUGCGUUUUAGUCUUUAGCGUCAUGCAACUAUAAAAAUUGUUCUAGUCAAUGCCCAAAUUUGGAUACAAGUAGUCGAGUAUACGUACAGUACACGUACAGCAAAAUUUUAAAGAACACUGCUGCCAACAAAAAUUAGGGCUCAGAAUUAAGUGUACAAUCAAUCAGUACAAUCGAUUUUUAGCUGAAUUUGAAAGUCCUGGGCAGGGACGUCGCUACAUGGGGGGGGGGUUACACAUCCCCAUGCAAUAAUUCAAAACGUUGGUCAAAAUGGAACUAAUAUUUGCUUCAAAUUGAAGGUCAAAGUUGGUAAAAUUUGGUCAAAGUUUGAGAUAAAAGAUGGUCAAAGUUAUGAAAUCGUUCGCAAUUUUAACAAUUUCUAAGGUUUGGUCAUGUUUGCGCUGAAACAAUUGCAAGCCUUGCUUAUUUUGGUCGAAAAGUAUUUGAAGCUUUGCUUAUGUUAGUCCGGAACAUUUUUUGACCCCCCCCCCCCAAUUCUUGGAAAAGUUGGUCAAAACAUGACGACCGAUUUCUUAUACUUCACGUCUACAUGACUAUCAUAAUGUAACAUAAGGCCGGUGUUUGUUGGCUUGAUGUAGACUUUCGUUUCUACUCGACCGUUCUUGUUAAUUAGGGUUGUGCCCAAGAAAGGUAAUAAACCUUCUUCACGACGUCCCCGGUCCUGGGCUGCACAAAUAUUUUGUUCAAUCAUCGCAUGCUAAAUAGAUGCACGUAGAAAUCUAUAAGCAUGAGGGAAGGUGUAGAACAAUGAUUGUGGUGUCUCCCCAAACCAUUUGUUUUAUUAACCUGCAAUUUUAGGUGCGAUUUUCUCUUUUUGGAGGAUGUGAAGGAGUGGAUGAGUUCUAAAUAUUCCAGGUUCUGGAAUCUCAUAACAACAUGAUUAAGUAAUUUACUCCUUCACAUCAUCCAAAAGGAGAAAAUCGCUCCUAAAAUCGCCCGUGUAAACGAGCCUCAAAGAAACCUUAAGGUGGCUCGCUACAGUUUAUAGAAAUGUUGAAAAUGCGUAAACUAGAUCACCUUUUUGAAGAGAUGAUGCUCUUUACAAAUCGAAAUUUGUAUAUUAUAUAUACAGCGACAAUCAAACAGUCGAAAAUUGGUCAGAAAAGAGACGUCACCACUGUUGCUAUGGCAACAAUGACGAUUCAAGAUGGCCGAUAUUUUGGCUUUGAACGCAUUUUACUUUAAAAAAGGUCGGUUACCCCCAUUUUUUAUUUCAGAAAACAUUUUCUUAUAGUGCAAUGCACUAUCUGACCAAUUUUAAAAACAUUCUGGAAUGCAAAAAAAAAAUUAUUUCGAAAAACCAUGUUUAUAAAUUUUUAAAAAAUUUGGCAUUACAGAAUUUUUUUAAAAUUGGUCAGAUAGUGUAUUGUACUAUAAGAAAAUGUUUUCUGAAAUACAAAAUGGGGGUAACCGACCUUUUUUAAAGUAAAAUGCGUCCAAAGACUGGUCCAAAGCCAAAAUAUCGGCCAUCUUGAAUCGUCAUUGUUGCCAUAGCAACAGUGGUGACGUCACUUUUCAUAUAUAAUAUACGAUGACGUCACUGUAUAUAUAAUAUACAAAUUUCGAUUUGAAAAAGUGCAUCAUCUCUUCAAAAAGGUGAUCUAGUUUACGCAUUUUCAACAUUUCUAUAAACUGUAGCGAGCCACCUUAAUGGAGACGAAGUCUUUUUUUAACUCUCACCUGACGAGAUAUUUUAACCUACUUUAGAAUUUAGCAGCAGAGAAAAGUUACAACAACUUAGAUGUUCCUGUUAUUGAAGCCUUGAAACAUAGAGCUGAGGUAUGUAUAUUGCUGUUCAGUACAGGAAAAUAUCCAGCAACACUGUUGCCAGGAAAUUGUUAACAAAAUAUUUUCGCAGGAAAUUUAGACCUUGCAGAAAAUAUCUGUCCUAUUAUCAGGGUUCGUACAAAACUUGAAAGUCUUUGAAUGUCCUUGAAUUUGAAAACAAAAAUUCAAGGCCUUGAAUGUCCUUGAAUUUGUAAAGAAGUACUUGAAAGUCCUUAAAUUUUUCUUCCUUUAGUUUUUGGAUAUUUUCUGAAAUUGUUUACAUUCAAAACGAGCAUUUUGUUGAAUUGAUUUUGCAUGUUAAAAAAUUCAACGUCAGAUUUUAGUGAUUUCUAACCCCUUCUUCAGUAUUUAGUCCUUGAAUUUGCUGAUACAUGGCCUUGAAUGUCCUUGAAAAGUCCUUGAAGUUUACUCUUCCUCACAUGUACGAACCCUGUAUUAUACACUCGAACGCUAAUUAUUAUUUUCUUAUUGUUUAAACAUUUUCGACCAAAGCGUUUUGAUUGUCUUGUGCCGAGAUUGAAGUUUACCACACUGUGUGGCACCAUACGUUCUCUGAAAUCUACAUAUGCAGGAAGUUUUAGAUUUGACUUGCACAGGAAAUUUUUCGUUUUUGCUGCCAGGAAGGGAAAUAUAGUUUCUAGGUCUGUGCUAUUUCUAAAAUGGUUUUGGCGGCAGCGUGCAGGUAUAUAGUAAAUACUGUGUUAUAUAUAGUCUGUAUAAUUUCAAUAUUAUUUUUGUUACAUGUUUAGGGAUUUGAAGGUGUGCAUCGUUGUCGCUUAACCGAGCCACUACACGUUGUUGUAGAUAGAAUUGUCAAAGCAGGGGUAAGUUACGAUUGCAGAUAAGAAAACUAUGGUAUAGUGAGGGAAGAGGGUGUGAAAAUAUAAAAUGAAAAUACCAGAACAUCUAGUAGGAAAAUCCCGUGCCUUUUAUGCUUAUAUUUCACUACAAAACGGGUACUCACCAUGAGUUAAAAAUAUAUAUACAGUCUAGGUAAGCCUUUUAUACAACCGUCCUCCGGUUGUGAUUUAAUUUGUACAAAAUUUGUAUUCUUAUCUGCAUCUUUAUUAAAUCUUAAGCAAUGAGUCACUUUUGAAAUUUUUGGAGUGGGCGCAGAGCUUUUCCACCUUUCCGUUUCUGCACGUUUCAGCGUAUACUAGCUGUUUUAAGUAAUAUAUAUCAAUUAUCAAAUCCGACUAUGAGGACUGGACUAGAUUUCAAGUCCGCCCCUGAAAACGUUUUCUUCUUUUAAUGUACAUUUUCAGGUUCAUCGUCUUGUUGUUGUGGACAAAGAAGAUCAUGUUGUUGGUGUGAUGUCAUUGUCUGAUCUCCUACAAGUACUGGUCUUACAUCCUCCAGGUAUGACCAGCAGAACUUCCUUUCUUUUCUAACCUCG